AUGGAGUCUCGAGCAAAGAGCUCCAUGGCCAUUGGCCUGGGCUUGGUUUUCUGGAUUUGUCUUCUAUUCACACCUCUUGCCUUCGUCCAGACCGUAAGGGCCGACGAUGUUCAGGAGUAUGGCACCGUUAUUGGUAUUGAUCUUGGAACCACAUACAGCUGCGUCGGUGUGAUGCAGAAGGGCAAGGUUGAGAUUCUCGUCAACGACCAAGGAAACCGAAUUACCCCCUCAUACGUGGCCUUUACCGAAGAUGAGAGACUAGUCGGUGACGCAGCAAAGAACCAGGCUGCGGCAAACCCUACCAACACCAUCUUCGACAUCAAGCGACUCAUCGGACGAAAGUUCUCUGAGAAGGAUGUCCAGACCGACAUUAAGCACUUCCCAUACAAGGUUAUCUCCAAGGAUGACAAGCCCGUUGUUCAGGUCGAGGUCAAUGGCGAGGACAAGAAGUUCACCCCCGAGGAGAUCUCCGCCAUGAUUCUGGGCAAGAUGAAGGAGGUCGCCGAGGCCUACCUGGGCAAGAAGGUCACCCACGCCGUUGUCACUGUUCCAGCCUACUUCAACGACAACCAGAGACAGGCCACCAAGGACGCCGGUGUCAUUGCCGGUCUCAAUGUCCUCCGUAUCGUCAACGAGCCUACGGCCGCCGCUAUUGCGUACGGUCUGGACAAGACUGAUGGUGAACGCCAGAUCAUUGUUUACGAUCUUGGUGGUGGUACUUUCGAUGUCUCCCUGCUGUCAAUUGACCAGGGUGUGUUCGAGGUCUUGGCUACUGCCGGUGACACCCAUCUCGGUGGUGAGGAUUUCGACCAGCGUAUCAUCAACCACUUCGCCAAGUCCUACAACAAGAAGAACAACGUCGACAUCACCAAGGAUCUCAAGGCCAUGGGCAAGCUGAAGCGUGAGGCCGAAAAGGCUAAGCGAACCCUCUCUUCCCAGAUGUCAACUCGUAUCGAGAUCGAGGCUUUCUUCGACGGCAAGGACUUCUCCGAGACCCUGACCCGUGCCAAGUUUGAGGAGCUGAACAUGGAUCUGUUCAAGAAGACCAUCAAGCCCGUUGAGCAGGUGCUCAAGGAUGCCAACGUCAAGAAGGCAGAAAUUGACGACAUUGUUUUGGUCGGUGGUUCCACUCGUAUCCCCAAGGUGCAGUCCCUCAUUGAGGAGUAUUUCGGUGGCAAGAAGGCCAGCAAGGGUAUCAACCCUGAUGAGGCUGUCGCUUUCGGCGCUGCCGUCCAGGCUGGUGUUCUUUCCGGUGAGGAGGGUACUGAGGAGAUCGUUCUCAUGGAUGUCAACCCGUUGACUCUCGGUAUUGAGACCACCGGAGGCGUCAUGACCAAGCUGAUCCCCCGUAACACUCCUAUCCCGACCCGCAAGAGCCAGAUCUUCUCCACUGCCGCCGAUAACCAGCCGGUCGUCCUGAUCCAGGUUUAUGAGGGUGAGCGAUCCAUGACCAAGGACAACAACCUUCUCGGCAAGUUCGAACUUACUGGUAUCCCUCCCGCCCCCCGUGGAGUGCCCCAGAUCGAGGUCUCUUUCGAGCUCGAUGCCAACGGCAUCCUCAAGGUGUCCGCUCACGACAAGGGCACUGGCAAGUCUGAGUCCAUCACCAUCACCAACGACAAGGGCCGUCUCACCCAGGAGGAGAUUGACCGCAUGGUUGCCGAGGCUGAGAAGUACGCCGAGGAGGAUAAGGCUACCCGCGAGCGCAUCGAAGCCCGAAAUGGCCUUGAAAACUACGCUUUCAGCCUGAAGAACCAGGUCAACGAUGAGGAUGGUCUUGGCAGCAAGAUCGACGAGGAGGACAAGGAGACUAUCCUCGACGCUGUCAAGGAGGCCACCGACUGGCUUGAGGAGAACGCGGCUACCGCCUCUACGGAGGACUUUGAGGAGCAGAAGGAGAAGCUAUCGAACGUGGCCUACCCCAUCACCAGCAAGCUUUACAGCGGCGGUGCACCGGGCGGCGAGGGUGAUGACGAGCCGUUGAACCAUGACGAGCUCUAA